CCAUCUUCCAAGACCGCGGUGCCCAUCUGUCCACGCCUUCACCCUAUCACCAACCUCCUUGGCGUUCUCCGCCCAUUAUCAACUGGUUGCCACGCUGCCGUGCCAUGCCCGCGAUUGUCUAUUGCCAAGCAUGUGUUCCUCACGCCCAGCAUCCUCCUCAUUGGGUGCCGAUUGACCAUGAGCCAGCGCUGGUACGCUGGUCCCCCCGCCAAAAUGGCCUUUGGGCAGCGGGACAUGCGGAGCACAAGAAGAAUGGCCAUUCCACCUUUGGAUUUCACUACAUUCUCUUCUUCCCACUUGUUGCUAACUUGACUGGGCCAGAGUCUUCUUCUUCCCUUGAAGCCUUCAAGUUACCUAGCGCCAUCUUGCUGAGCACUCGUCUGCUCUACCUACUCCAGCCACCCAACACACAAAGUGGUGCGCUACGCCAGCUCAACUGGCGCAACCAGCCCUGGACUUGGAGACUCGGCUCGAACUCGAGGAUCGCGAACGAAUACAUUUGCGUGCUUACUGCCGCCUGCGUCCGCUACCGCUGCUGCUGCUACCAACGCCCGAUGCCCCUCCAUUCCAUGUUCGUAUGACGCGUUGCGAGACCCCAAGCCGGCAAACAUCCGCUUCUUCUGGGUUCUUUUUUUCUUCCUUUCUCUGCGGAUUCCCCCUUGCUCAGCGGUGCCGCUUAAUAUUUGAUACCCAGCAAGGUACGGUACGCUGAGCCGUAGAGGAUCCGGGACGAAGUGGUCCAUCACCAGCCGAUCUUUCUUUUCUCUCUUACGAUCCAUGUCGAUCUGUUGU